GCUCCCAUCUGCACCUCUCUCUUUCAUCACAACUUUUUCGCAAUUCCUCAAUUGCUUUUACUGUUUGAUCCCGUGCCCUGCUUCCUUCAUUUUUCUUCCCCUUAAUUUUCUUGCACUCCUCCGCUACCCUACGUUCUUUCAUAAGUUCACCUUCACCCUGCUUACCACUUUUUCCCAAUGUCAGAGUUCACCACCCCCACCAAGGAGGCAAACGUUCUUCCCCCGCAGGAGGCGCCUCCGAUUUACCCUACACCUCAUAAUCACGGUCUUUCUGCAACUACCUCUGCAUUUGCAAACAUUAUGGCUCCUCACGCAAACGAAGUUCCUGAUGGCCGCGGUGCAAACCCUGCCGCCUCCAACGAAUUGUUCACCGUCCGCUCCCCGAAUGUCAUCUAUACCGAAGAUGCCAUCAAGUCCACUUACACUUAUCGUACUACCAAGGUCACGAAGGCUGGCAACAAGUAUGUCGCCGAGCCUCUCGACACUGUAUACGAUUUCAACGUCCAACGCAAGGUUGGCAAAGUGGGACUCAUGCUUGUGGGAUGGGGUGGUAACAAUGGAACCACUGUCACCGCCGGUAUUAUCGCUAAUCGUGAUGGUUUGACCUGGGAAACCCGCGAGGGUCCUAGGGGCGCAAACUAUUACGGCUCUGUUAUCAUGGGAUCUACUAUCAAAUUGGGCAACGAGGCCGAAACUGGAAAGGAGAUUCAUAUUCCUUUCCGUGAUAUCCUCCCGAUGGCCCAUCCCAAUGAUCUUGUUCUUGGGGGGUGGGAUAUCAGUGGCAUGAAUCUUGCCGAUGCUAUGGAUCGUGCGGCCGUCCUCGAACCUGAUCUUAAGCGUCAAGUGAGGAAGGAAAUGCAGGACAUGGUUCCAUUGCCUAGCGUUUUCUACCCUGACUUCAUUGCGGCCAAUCAGGAGGAUCGUGCCGAUAACGUUUUGAAGGGUACAAAGGAGGAACAUGUCGAGAUGAUUCGUGGUGACAUCCGGUGGGCAUAAUAUAAUAUACUUUUGAAAAAUUAUGUCGGAAAAUGCUAACCCUUGCUUCUUGCUAGUAAAUUCAAGGCGGAGAAGAACCUCGACAAGGUUAUCGUUCUUUGGACAGCCAACACCGAACGUUACGCAAAGAUCAUUCCUGGGGUCAACGACACUGCACAGAAUCUUCUUGCCGCCGUCAAGGCUGGCCAUGAUGAGGUUGCUCCGUCUACUAUCUUUGCUAUCGCUUGUAUCCAGGAAGGUGUCCCCUUCAUCAACGGUUCUCCCCAGAACACGUUUGUCACUGGCGCAAUUGAGCUCGCCGAGCAACACAAGUCUUUCAUCGGUGGUGACGAUUUCAAGUCCGGCCAAACAAAGAUGAAGUCUGCGUUGGUUGAUUUCCUUGUCAAUGCCGGUAUCAAACUUACCUCAAUUGCCUCCUACAACCAUCUAGGAAACAACGGUAGGUUUAUUUUUACCCUUUCUUUUGAACGUUACUAAUUUGUUAUAGAUGGGAGGAAUUUGAGCGAGCAGAAGACUUUCCGAAGCAAGGAGAUUAGCAAGAGCAAUGUUGUCGAUGACAUGGUGGAGGCCAACUCCGUCUUGUACAAGAAGGGGGAACACCCUGACCAUACUGUAGUCAUCAAGUACAUGCCUGCCGUUGGGGAUUCCAAGCGCGCGUUGGAUGAGUACUACGGCGAAAUCUUCUUGGGUGGCCACCAGACUAUCUCGUAGGUUGCGCCAUAAAUGUCCCAAUGCUUGCAGGAGCGAUAAACUUACAGUGAUUCGUAGCAUGUCCAAUGUUUGCGAGGAUUCCCUCUUGGCGAGCCCGCUCAUUAUCGAUCUCGCGCUUAUCACAGAGCUCAUGACUCGUAUCACCUGGAAGUCUCAUACUUCUAAUGGUGUUGGGACUAAGGAUUACAAGGGAUUCCAUAGUGUUCUCAGUAUCUUGAGCUAUAUGCUAAAGGUAAUGUAUUUCGAAUCGCACUUCUCUAUUGAACACACAGCUGACCCUUCUUUUUAGGCCCCUUGCACCCCACCUGGAACUCCUGUCAUUAAUUCUCUCGCCAAACAACGUGCGGCUAUGUCCAACAUAUUCCGUGCCUGCGUUGGGUUGGACCCCGAGUCCGACAUGACCUUGGAGCACAAGCUUUUCGCUUAGACAUCCGGAAACUCCAAUUUAAAGGAGGUGGUUUUCGGUUCUGUGUAGCGUGGCUUGAAGUCGAUCUAUUGUGUUUGAAUUGGUCAUCUUUUCUAUUGCUUUCGUGCACGAUUCUGUUUUCAGGUUUCCGUGUCUUGAGCCAUGAGGCCUAGCCGCUCAUUUUACAAUAAAAACUCGUUCACACGAAGCUAUUGCUUCAGUGACCCAAGUUGAGUGAAGUUCUUUAACUGUGCGGGCGCCGCUUCCGCUAGGGGCACGCAAACCAAGAGUAGUCUUCACCUAGCGAAGCUCUACCUACCCCUUGCACAGAUGCCACUCAGGAAAUUUAUGUAGACUAUACCCAUAAGAUGGCCUCACCCGGGUACCUACGGGUGAUGGGUAUGAGGUGCUUGGGCACGGGAAUCAGAAGGAAUUGUAUGUCGAAUUGUUUAUGCUCAUUUGAGCGCCCGUACCAGAUUGGGACUCAGGUUUUCGCGUGUUUGGUAACCGGGUACAGUGCAGUACUUGUGCAAUGCUUUCGGCAGCUGAGCCAAUUUGCCAGUCAGACAAACGUUGUAUCAUAACUCGUAAACUGCCGGUGGGUUCGCUGCCGUGGGGAUAGCGCCGUAGGUUUGGGAAGAGAGCAGGAAUUGCUGGUCUGUAUGGGUACGGUAAGCUACAUGUUAUAUAUAUGGGUCCAACCUCCUCCCCCCCUUUUCCGUCGAGAUUCAAAGCUUGCUGUAAUGCAAGGAGGCGCCAAACAUCAUAAAUACUCACUCGAAAGUUCUGAACGCAGUUCUGGUGGCCAGUCAUUCCUCUGGCAGGGGCCGUC